AUGACUGAUAAAAUGUCUGGAUAUUGGAUGUUUGUGGAGAAAGUUGUCAAACCACGAUUAGAAGCCGAAUUAGGACAUUCUGUUACGGGGAAGGAAUUGGGAGAAAAAGGAUCAUCUCUUUGGGAAGAGCUUUCUGAAGAGGAACAAAAACAGUGGAAAGACAAGGCGAAGAAAUUCAACUCGUCUGAGUCGGGCUUUCAGCGCAGAUUACGGAAUAAAGAACGUAAACACGAAAUGAAGUGUCGUUUAUACCAGGGAAACAAUACAUCGGCAAGUAGAUUGCUGCCGAAAGGCCGUAAUUCUAUUUUACCCCCUUCUGGACGUUAUGAUGAAAUUGACACGUUUGCUAAAGUGUAUUACUCCACAACCAACAAUGAAUUCAAUGAGAAAAGGCGCGCCGAUGUUGAAGAACUUUGCUCCUCCUUACAGUUUAAUUUCCAUGAACGUGGUACUGGAAUACCUGCUGUCGAGGACAAAUCUUAUGCUAUUGGAAGGAGCGAUUUUGCCAAUGUUUGGGAUGAAAUAAAACAAUAUUCAGGAAUGAAUGAAUCUGGAAAAAACAUUCUUGUUAAAGCUGAUUGUUGGAACAAGGUUGUCGGGUCUUUCCAAACUUUGUACGAAAUGACAAGGGAUAAAACAGUCAGUCGUGUGGAAACCCAUUUCAUGACUGUCGAAGAUUACCUCUUAGGAGUGAUUAGUUAUCUUGGACAUGAACUUACCAAUAAAUUGAGGGAGGAUAUAGCAGAAAAAAUGCAGAAGUUUUGGCCCGAAGUUCUCCACUCGGAUGUUGCUUGUUCAUUCCACAGUGGACGUAACGUAAAACAGAAGAAAUUUUGCUCCUUGUUGAGUGCGCAUGAAACAGUGCGGCAGUCUCGGGCGUCGAAAAGUGUAAUGAGAACAAGAAGGUCAAAUAGGCCCAUUGAUUGUGAAGAGGAUGAAAUAGGAAGUUCAGGAGUCGCCGGGAAAUUUUUGAAUAUAGAGUAUUCCCGACCGAGAGAAAAUGGUCCAGGCGAUAUAGACUUGAAAAUGCAGGGCGCAGUUAGAAGAGACUUUAGGACAACAGUUUCGCCGUUAGGCCAGCUUCAGAACCAUACAUCUACCAGUAGACCUGACGAGGAACGAGAUGUUUUUGUAAAAAUGAGAUAUGGCUACAGUAAUUGCGACGUUCAAAAUAAGUUUCCAUUUAUUGUCAGUGGAAAUAGUUGUCGCGAGAAACAGUUUUCUAAUGAAACGGAUCUGGAUGAAUUACUUGACUACAAACUUUUUUCUCCAGAAUCUUCUCUCUCAGCUGAGAAAGUCUUUCAACAUUUCGAAAGAGGUAACAAACAGGAUCUGGUAUCUUUUGAACAAAUAAGGAGUCAAAAAGAGCAGGAUGCGCCGUUCGCUAGUGAAGAAGUUAUUGUUCGCAUUUUUGAAGGUCAUCGGAAGGAAGAGUACGACACCUCCAAAGAAUUUGAAAAUGCGAGCAAUGAUUAUGGUAAGGUUCGGACCAUGCCAGGUUCGGCAUUUCUGUUUGCUCCUGAGGUUGCAAAAAGACAUGGCUCUACAAAUCUUGAACCCAAGGAGCCAAGUUUCGAUCUCCAUUGUUUCCAAAUCACUUAUAAAAGGGCAAAUAUGAACUCUCGCGAACAGGUGAAGAAUGCAAGUGGUGAGUUGCGGAAAUUACUUGAUAUGUGGCGCAAUUCGCUUGAAUUAUAG